AUGGCUGCCUCCGGUCUCUCCAUCAUGGGCACCAUGCCCGAAGCCAGCCUGUUUAGCUUCCCUCCCCAUGGACAGCCCGCGCCGCUGGCGCCCGCCUCGACGGAGCUCUCCAUCAUGCGGCCCUUCAACAUCCCCGAGAACGUCUUCGCCGCCGCUCUCGACCCGCGGGUCCCUCUGACCAUCGCCACCCUCUACGCCGUCUCCGCCAAGGCCCUCAACAAGUACAACCGCUCGCGCAACAAGCAGCCGUGGUCCAUCAGCAAGACGCGCCCCUUCCGCAUCUUCGUCGUCCUCCACAACGUCUUCCUCGCCGUCUACUCGGCCUGGACCUUCUGGGGCAUGCUUGGCGGCAUGCGACGCAGCAUCGUCAGCCCCACGGGCCCCGGCGGCCUGGCUGCCACGGCCGACAGCUUCUGCCGCCUCCACGGCCCGGCCGGCCUCGGACGCUCCAUCUACUACAACGAGACGACCGGCCAGUGGGACAGCGCCGACCCUUCCUCGAUGCUGUCGGGCAUGGUCGCCGGCAACCCGAGCAACUCCGAGUCCGGCCGCCUCUGGAACGAGGGCCUCGCCUACUACGGCUGGAUCUUCUACCUCAGCAAGUUCUACGAGGUCCUCGACACCUUCAUCAUCCUCGCCAAGGGAAAGUUUAGCUCUACCCUGCAGACCUACCACCACGCCGGCGCCAUGCUGUGCAUGUGGGCCGGUAUGCGAUACAUGUCUGCGCCCAUCUGGAUGUUUGUCCUCAUCAACUCCUUCAUCCACUCUCUCAUGUACACCUACUACACCUUGACCGCUUUCUCCAUCAAGGUUCCCAUGGGCGUCAAGCGAACCCUGACCACGAUGCAAAUCACCCAGUUCCUCGUCGGUGCCUCGUACGCCAUGGCCCACUCCUUCGUCACGUACAUUGCCCCCAUCACCCUGAGCAGCAUCACCUCGACGCCCGUGGACGUUCCCGCCGCGCCCGCCGACUCUGUCAUGCCGAAUGCCGCCGGCACUCUGGACUCGCUCAAGAAACUCAUCUUCGGCUCCGUCACCAAGGAUGCCGCCGCAGCCGUCGCGGGCUCCGUCAAGGAGCAGACCGUGGCCACGGAGACCCUCUACGUCGCCCAGCCGUGCAUCGGCACCGCCAACGAGACCUUUGCCAUCUGGCUCAACGUGCUCUACCUCGCGCCCCUCACGUACCUCUUUGUCAGCUUCUUCAUUGCCAGCUAUGUGAAGCGUAGCAACGCCGCGCAAAAGGCCAAUGGCAAGCCCAACCGUCGGGAGAGCAACGUGACCAUGGCCGAGAAGGCUGGCUGGGAUGCCGCCCGGGGCGUCGAGCGGGAGGUCUAUGGCGGCGAGAACAUGGUCGUCGACGGCCCGGCCAACGGCAGCGCCAGCGCCGUCGCCGACGACGAGCCUCCGAAGGCGAAUGGAAAGGCGAGGCGGAGGGCCUAA